UGGAGAUCUUAGCUUCUCAGUUCUUAGUUGUCAAAUGAUGUGGAAACAAGGGUUUCAAAAUUAAAUAACAAAACAAAACGUGGAAACAUGAUAUAAGUGGGAAGGGGAGUUGGCAAUAUUUAGUCAAACAUACCUACCACACAUGACAUGCCUAAAUUGUAUAGCUCAAAUUCAAUUAUAUAUACAUUAUGUAUAUUUUUUUUGCUGAAAAAAUUCAUUUAUAUUAUUAUUAAGCUUUAGUUGCUUCCUCAUCAUUUGACUAUCUAAAGAGUUGCAUAAACUCACUCAUCCCAUGUUCCCAUAUACUUCCAAAAAGGGACAAUCUCACAAGGCCAACUGCAUAAUUGCAUAUUAUUGUAAACCUAUUAAUUAACAUAACACAUGUUCUAAUCCAAUUUAGUAUUAUCUUUUUCAGUACUUAAAAUGUCAUUUUACAAUACAAUCCAAGAUCACCUCUUCUCCACUACUUUGCUUACUCUUAAACAGCCUGUGAUACCUCAUUACAGAAUACCAAAUCCCAUGUGACCCGGUUUAAUCCCCUUAAUCCAAAUCCACUGUUGGAGAGAGACAAACAAACCCUCUAUAAAUAUACUUCUCCAUAAAUCUAUCUUCCUACAAUAAACCAAAUUAAAAAACCAGAAUGGGAAGAAGCCAAAUCCUCUUGUUAUGCUCUUUGAGCCUUUGCCUUAGCAUAGCAGUUGCAGAUUGGAACAUUUUGAAUCAGAGAACCAAAAAUGGUCUCCAAAUCUCACUGAGAAACUACUGCGAGAGCUGGAGAAUGAACGUCGAGCUUCACAACAUUCGAGGCUUCGAAGUUGUCCCCGAAGAAUGUGCUAGUUACAUUGGAAAGUAUGUGACUUCAACUCAGUACAAAGUUGACUCAGAAAGAGCCAUAGAGGAAUGCAUAGUCUUUCUCAGCACAAGUUGCAAUUUGAAGAAAGAUGGCAAAGAUGCUUGGAUUUUCGAUAUUGAUGAUACCCUUUUGUCCACUGUCCCUUUCUACAAAAAACACCAUUAUGGGGGAGACAAACUGAAUAUGACCUCUUUUGAGGAAUGGCAAAGUGAAAGUAAAGCACCUGUUUUGGAUCACUCCCUAAGACUCUUCAAUGAGUUAAAAUCAAGAGGUUUGCAGAUCUUUUUGAUUUCUUCAAGAAGAGAACAUCUCAGAUCAGAAACAACUAAGAAUCUUUUGAGUGUUGAUAUUCAUGGAUGGACCAAUUUGAUCCUAAGGUCACAUGAAGAUGAACUUUCCUCUGUCCAAGAUUACAAAACUAAAGCUAGAAAAGAAUUGAUCAACAAAGGGUACAGAAUUUGGGGUAUUGUUGGUGACCAAUACAGCAGCAUUGAGGGAAUUCCAAAUGCAAAGAGAACAUUUAAACUUCCCAACCCAAUGUACCAUGUUUGUUAAAACAAAAGAAACCUUAUUUAUUUUUUGGGUGUUUGAAGAUUGAUUCAACCAAAAAUUGAUUGCCUAAUAAGGCUUAUGUUUUGCUACUUCUAGUUCUACAUAAGAUAUUUGUACCAUUCAACAUUUCUCUCUUAAUAAAUAUUUGGCAAAGCUUUUACAUUAAAA